AUGGCCACAGAUCAUGAAGCUCCUAGCAAGCCUCAAGGCUCCUCCGCUCCACGGUGGGACUCCCGCCGGAAAAGAAGCUUCCCGAGGCGGAAGAGGCUCCCAGUCGUCCGCCUGGGAGGCGGUCCCGCGGCGGCGAAGCAGCGGCGAGGGCCGUCGCUGGUGAGGAUGAUGCGGAGAAUCAAGCUGCGGUGGCUGAAGCUUCGGUACUUCUUCACUCUGAAGAAGCUGAAACAGUACUAUCGUUCUAUGGUGAAGGACUUCGUAGAAGCCGGAGCGACUCUGGAGACUUUCCAGCAGAGGAUCUUGAUGGAGACCUCCUUCGCCGUUCCGGUGUUGGGCGUCUCGUUCUCCACCUAUCCAUCCGCCGCCGGCGGUGCCGGAGUUGGCCGGCUUUUGUGAAUUGUUGAAAACAUUUAAAAAAAAAAAAAGAUUUUCCGUUUCUUCUUUUUCCUGUGUUUCUUUUGUGUUGUGUUGAUGAUGUCAAUUUAUUUUGGCCGAAACUGGAAUGAGAAUGGAAACGUAAGAUUGAUCUUAUCCCUCGCGUUACAUGUUUUAUAUA